AUGGUGUUGCCGCCCCCAGACAAACGCCACGUGUGCCUGACCACCAUCGUCAUAAUGACCAGCAUGGCCUUCAUGGACGCGUACCUGGUGGAACAAAACCAGGGCCCCCGGAAGAUUGGCGUGUGUAUAAUAGUGCUGGUAGGGGACGUUUGCUUCCUCAUCGUUCUACGGUAUGUGGCAGUGUGGGUCGGCGCUGAGGUGCGCACCGCUCGUCGAGGAUAUGCCAUGAUCUUGUGGUUUCUGUACAUCUUUGUCCUGGAGAUCAAACUCUACUUUGUCUUCCAGAAUUGCAAAGCUGACAGAAAGAGUCUGGAGACGGUGGCCCGAAAGGCUUUGACGUUGCUAUUGUCUGUGUGCGUGCCGGGCUUGUACUUGGUUCUGGUGGCUCUGGAUAGCAUGGAAUAUGUGAGAACUUUCCGGAAGAAAGAGGACAUGAGGAGUCGUCUGUUUUGGGUGGCUCUGGACCUGCUGGACCUGCUGGAUAUCCAAGCCAACCUUUGGGAGCCCCAGCGGACAGGCCUUCCCAUCUGGGCCGAGGGCCUGAUGUUCUUCUACUGCUACAUCUUGCUCCUCAUCCUGCCCUGCGUGUCGCUCAGCGAAAUCAGCAUGCAGGGCGAGCACAUGUCGCCUCAGAAGAUGAUGCUCUACCCGGUCCUCAGCCUGGUCACCAUAAACGUGGUCACCAUCCUCAUACGCGGCGUGAACAUGGUGCUGUUUCAGGACAGCCGGGUCUCCACCAUCUUCGUCGGCAAGAACGUGGUCGCCAUCGCCACCAAGGCGUCCACUUUCCUGGAAUACCGCCGACAGGUGAAGGAGUUCCCACACCCACAGAACGCCAUGGCGCUGGAGCUGCAGCAGAACUCCGUCGCCCACACGCAGCCGCUGCCCAACGCCACCAGUUUGCCGCACGAACCCUCACCGGCUCAGGACGUCAUCGACACAUGA